AUGGCGGACACCUACCGUAGCGCGGCCACCGAGCUUUUCCACAACACCGAGGUGCGUCAGCUGUUCCCCGAGGAACACGGGCGCAUUUUCUCGGUCACCACCGACACCCCCAUCGCCCAGGUCUUCAAGACGCUGGUGGAGAACAAGAUCUUGUCGGUGCCCGUGCUCAACACGAAGACGCACAAGUGGGUGGGCUUCUUGGACAUGGUCGACCUCGUGCACCACGCCCUCAGCGUGCUCAGCAUCCCCAAGAGCGAGCUCGACACCGCCGACUUUGACCAGCUCCUCGCCUCCUCCGACAAGUUCGCCAACGAGCCCUGCGGUUCCAUCGUCGACCUGUCGAAGCGCAACCCGUACAACCCGGUGGACCAGCGUGCGCCGGUGACGAGCGCGAUCGACAUGAUGGUCAACUGGCGCGUGCACCGCGUGCCGGUGGUUGACACCUCGGGCGAGCUGAUCACCAUCGUGACUCAGUCGCACGUGGCGCGCCUCAUCUACAAGUGGAUCGCGCGAUUCGAGCAGCUGGCCGACUCGACCGUCGAGCAGCUCAAGCUGGGCUCGCCGACGUGA